UUCCUCACUCUAUCUCGUAGCCUUUGAUUUGGUCGAUAAAAAUGUGAACUUUCUCUUCUGCGCAAAUACACCGUAGCCAUUGCCACCUCCAUUCUUUGCGGCCGCGAGUGCCCUUUUCCCGCCAUGGAAGCUUCACCAGGUUUCUCUCAACCUCCACCGUCGCCCAAGUUCCAACCCGACACCGAGAAAAUCAAGCGCAGGCUCCUAAACCAUGGAGUUUUCCCCACACCCAGAAUCGUCCACAACAUCCGCAAGAAAGCCAUCCAGAAGCACAACCGCAGGCAAGUCCGCCUCGCCAACUCGGCCCCGAGCCCGCCCCUUUCCGAGACCCAGAAACGAGCGCUGACCGAGGAGGCCGAGGAGGAGGAUUUCCGGAGUUUGAGGCGAGAGUACAGAGAAUUCAACAAGGCCGUGAGGGCGAGGAGCGAGGAGGGCGGUGGAGGGUUGAUGGUGGGUGUGCCUUGGGAGAGGAUAGAGAGGGUCAGGUUGAGGGAGAUUGCCGGCGGGAGUGAAGGGUCCGGCGGGAAUAAGCUCAAGAAGGAGAGUUUGAGGGAGCUGGGUGAAAUGUUUGAGGAGAGGAGUAGGGAGGAGUUGCGGUGGGUUUUGGACGAUGACAUGGAGUUGGAGGGGAUUGGGUUGGAGAGUGAAAGGUUCCAGUGGGACCCAAUGAAGAGGAGGACGAGGACUGAGGAUGAGACUAUUGCUUUUCUUGUCAAAAGGUUAGGUGCCAAGGAGAUCGAAUGGAAGGAUUGGAAGUUCUCGAGGAUGAUGAAGCUAUCGGGAUUGCAGUUCAUGGAAAAGCAGUUGCUCAAGAUUUUGCGUGGGCUAGGAAAUGGUGGGCAUUGGAAACAGGCAAUAGGGGUUGUUGAAUGGGUGUAUCAUGAUAAAGAACGAAGACGUUGGAGGAGCAGAUUUGUCUACACAAAACUGCUGGCAGUUCUUGGAAAUGCAAGGAGGCCCCAGGAAGCUCUCCAUUUCUUCAAUCUGAUGCGUGAAGAUAUUCAUCUAUAUCCAGAUAUGGCUGCAUACCACAGCAUUGCUGUAACCCUUGGCCAAAGUGGUCUUGUGAGAGAAUUGCUGAACAUUGUUGAGUUAAUGAGACAGAAGCCUUCGAAGAUAAUAAAAAAUGGGCGCCGGAAGAACUGGGAUCCAGUCCUUGAACCUGAUUUAGUUGUGUAUAAUGCUGUGCUGAAUGCCUGUGUUCCGUCUCACCAGUGGAAGGGUGUUUCCUGGGUGUUUGAGCAGUUAAGAAAGAGUGGAUUGAAGCCCAAUGGAGCAACAUAUGGACUGGCAAUGGAGGUAAUGCUUCAAUGUGGAAAGUAUGACCUUGUCCAUGAUUUGUUCCGGAAAAUGAAGAGAAGCGGGGAAGCCCUUAGUGCUAUUACUUACAAAGUCCUUGUCAGAACCUUUUGGGAGGAGGGUAAAAUUGAUGAAGCUGUAAAAGCUGUCAGAGAGAUGGAAUGGAGGGGAGUGGUCGGAAAGGCUGGUGUAUAUUACGAAUUGGCGUGCUGCCUCUGUAACAGUGGAAGAUGGAAAGAAGCUAUAUUGGAGGUUGAGAAGCUGAGGAAGCUUCCAGAUGCUAAACCGAUAGAAAUAGCCUUCACUGGGAUGAUAACAUCUGCAAUGGAAGGUGGACAUAUUAGUGAUUGCCCGUCCAUUUUUAAUCAGAUGAGAGGCCUUUGUGCUCCUAAUAUAGGGACCAUAAACAUCAUGCUAAAGGUUUUUGGCAAACAUGAUAUGUUUUCUAAUGCUAAAGAAUUGUUUGAGGAAGUUAAGGGAACCAGAUAUAUUUCCACUAAGUGCCAGGAUGGUGGCAACACAUUGGUUCCAGACGAGUACACAUUUGGCUCAAUGCUUGAGGCAUCCACUAGUGCUCUUCAGUGGGAAUAUUUUGAAUAUGUUUACAAGGAAAUGUCACUCUCAGGGUAUCACCUAGACCAAAACAAGCACGCUUCACUGCUUGUGGCAGCAUCUAGAGCUGGCAAGGGCCAUCUACUUGAGCAUGCAUUUGAUGCAAUUCUAGAAAGUGGUGAAGUGCCUCCCCCAUUAUUCUUUGUUGAGAUGGUUUUCCAAGCUGCAAUUCAACAUCAGUAUGAAAGAGCGGUCACCAUCAUUGCUGCUAUGACUCAUGCAUCCUUUCAGCUUAGUGAAAGGCAAUGGAUGGACCAUUUUGUGGAAAAUGCAGACAGGAGGAAAAAUUGUUUGCAGGACCUUCUGAGUGCUCUCCAAGAAAGCAAUGUAACAACAGAAGGCACUUUCACCAACUUGUUGAGAUCACUGCGUUCUCUCUGUGAAUCUGCAUCUGCCGUAUCAAGAGAUAUCUCAGAUUUGGGCGUUUCUCUGCCAGGACCAAGAACUGAAUAUCUUUCAGGGGGUCAUGAGGAACUGGAAACUGAACAGACAAAUUGGCUAAAGGUUUCUGCAAAUCUUGCCUCUUCUAUGCUUAACUCUUCUAGCCAAACCAGCUGCGACAUGGUAGGAGAUGAGACUCAGGGAGAGAUUAUGCAUAGGUCUCGGAGUACCUCAUGUUGUGAAGAGGGAAGAAAUGACCUUGACAGCAAUGCGUUAGCAAAUGACAUGGCGAACGGUGAAUCCGCUAGCUUGGACAGUGUUCUCUCGAGCUUCAAUUUGGAUGGGAGCUUAAAAGAAUUUGACGAAAAUGAACCUGACUUGCCACCCGAUGGAACUGAGGAUUCUGAACCAAUCUUUUGCCAACAGCGCAUGAGAUUCUGAAAACGUGGAAACUAAGCAGACAAAAAGAUGGUAUAUACUUCCCUUUUCAACUUGGCAAAAAACAGGCGCAUGCUGCUUCAAACCCUGGUGAUUGCCAAAGCACAGACAUGUGAUGUUCGUUUACCGUAGUGGCAGAAGCAUGUGAAGUCCCUUGUAAAUCAUAUGGUAUUACUAUAAGGUAUACAAGUCAUUGUUUCACAUGAA